AUGAUAAAGAGAAAAAUUUCGAAAUUUACUCCGUUUGAUCGAGUAUUGGAUGGAUUAGAAUAGGAAGAACUUAUUGAUGAAGAUGUUAACAUGAAAAUCAUCAAAGUUUACAAUCGAAAGAAAAAUAACAAAAUGUUUCUUUUAGAGAGGUUGAUCUCAAAUGAAAAGGAACACUUAAAGUACAUAGAUGAAAUUCACAAAUAUGAAAUAAUUAAUGCUGAUGGAUUAUUAUGCAUAGACAAAUGGGUACUUAUUAUUUAUUAACAGACAUAUGAUAUGUUGAUUGAUUAAAAUUUAAACAAACUUUACAAAUUCAUCUUAGUGUUUGACACCUAUUCGUAGAAUUUAAAUCAAUACCUAGAGAAUAUCCAAGUAAUCUAAUAUAGAUAAUUUAGUCCAAAAAAAUUUAAUUACUAAAAGAGGACAUCGUUGUGUUCUUUAGAGCAAUUAUUUUGUCAAUUAACUAUUUACAAUAACAAUAAAUUAUAGCAUUUAAUCCUGUUACAAUGUCAUGCAUUUUGAUUUGUUCAGAUUCAUGUAUGAAAUUUAAUUGCAUACCAAUAUUAUUAACUCAACAUGCUUUAGAAAAAGCCAGAAAGGAAAGCUUACUUUAUCAAGCGCCUGAAUUAGUUAAGGAUGUUAAAAAUAUUAAUCAUAUCUAUUCCCAAGCCGUCUAUUCUCUAGGACUAAUAUUUAUAUAACUCUUUCUAUUAAAACACAUAGAUCAAUUGAGGAAAUAUGAGGAUAUUAAAUUAAGUAUCAAAGAAAUUUAAAUGAAAUACGGAGACACUUACAAAUCAUAUUUAGAAAGUAUGGUAGAAUAGGAUCCACAUAAAAGAAUUAAAUUAUAAGAGUUAUGCUAAAUAUUGUCCAUUCAAGAACCCUAAAAGUAGAUUAAGGACAACUUAAAAAUUACAUUUUCUGAGACUUUUGAGUACUAUCGGAAAUAAUAUUCUAUCUUGAAUGUGCCAGAGCCUCGAUCUAUUGCAUAUGGAAUUCCUUGGAGCAGAAAUAUUAUUUAAUCCAACUUAUUUAAUAUGAAAAAUUACUUCCUGGAGUUACUAGACCUAUUUUAAUCAUAAUAGAUUUCAGAAUAGGCGGUGACUAUAAUAUUUGAGUAAUUUAGAGUAUUUGUGAUUGGAGGUAUGAAUACUCAUUUUGUUUAUGAAUUAAACGAUGAAGUACCAGCUCUGAAAGAAGUAACAUCAAUCCCUUCAUGCAACACUAAUAGAUGGGGCUUCGGAUAUGUAAUAUGUAGAUAAAUUAUUAUAUAUUAGAGAAAAUAAUUAGCUGUUGUAUAUUUGUUCUGGUUAUAGUGAUUAGCUAUUGACAGCCAACACAUUUUGCUAUAAUAUACAAACUUAGAAGUGGUAGAAAUUAAGUGAUUGUCAGAAGCCAGGUAUAGGUUGCACCUUAGUUUGCUAUAAUAAUUCAAGUAUUUUCAAAUUUGGAGGAAUUGAAAUUAAUAAUAAACCUCUUAAUUGUGUUGAAGAAUUUAAGAAUAAUGAAUGGCAAUUAAUUAAUUUUAAGAAACCUCACUUUAUUUUGCCUAACUUUAGCUUUGCUUAGUAGGUAAAUCCAACAUAGAUUUUCAUCGUUGGGGGGUACCUUGAUAAAGAGCAUAAUACAAAGGUUAUUGUAAUGAAUAUUGAUACGUAAGCUCAUCUAAUAGAUUCCAGAAAAGAUUAUACUUAUGUUGAAUUCGUAUUGAAUGAAUUUUUAGAUUAUGGAAAAUAUGGUCCUGUGGAAGCUAUGUAAAUAAGCAAUAACUAAUUAUUUUUAUUAUAAAAAAAAAAUGAAAAAUAUCAAUACUUAACUGUGUAGGAUUAAUCUGUGUUUGUUGAGUUGAGAAAGAUACACAUGUGA